GUGAUAUAAGUUCCCCGGAUAGUGAGUUUGUUCACUCAUUACUCAUGCGCCACAAUGAAGAACACACGAGCACCGGUGCUGAGCCUCCUUCUUUUGACGCUGAUAAAAGCAGCAGUCUCCAAUGGGUCUCCUGCCAGUGAGCCUUUGGAUCUCAAUGGGAACUAUGGACCGGACACCCCCAUUGUGACAAUCAGCCCCCCAAACCAAGUCUAUUUUGUGGGAGCAGACAUCACUAUGUCCUGCUCUGCACAGUCCAGUCCUCCUGCUGUCUACCAAUGGGCAUUUAAUAGUGUCUUUUAUAACGGAUCAGGAUCAGAGCUAUCCAUUAAACUCCUUCAGCUGGACAACGCUGGAAACUAUACCUGCAUGGCUUAUAACAAUAUAACCCGCAGAUACGCUGCGUUCACACAAGAGCUCUCUGUUGUGGCACCGAUAACUACAGUGACUGUAUCUCCCAGCCGAGCACAGCCAAUAGAAAACAAGACAUUCAGUCUGAGCUGUGAAGUGUCUGGGACUGCUGACUCGUGGCGCUGGCUGAAAGACGAUCAGCCUCUUUCCACUAAUGAGAGGAUAACAUUGUCUGGAGAGAACAGCACUGUCUCCUUCAACCCAGUCCUGCAGUCUGAUAACGGCACAUAUCAGUGUGUAGCUUCUGACCCUAUAAGUGGAAUGGUUAGUCCAGGAUACACACUGGUUGUCAAUUAUGGACCACAGCAGGUCUCUAUUUCAGGACCUGAUGCAUAUCCUAUAGGCUCGACAGCGUCGUUCACGUGUUCUGCUCUCUCUCAUCCCCCCUGUGAAUACACCUGGUUAUUCAAUGGGAAAGAAAUUGCGCAGGGCUCAGUUUUCACAAUAAGUCCUGUAAUGCCAGCCAGCGUUGGGAGUUACACUUGUGAGGCUUUCAACUCAGUGACAGGAAAGAAGACUUCUUCAAUCAGAAAGGAAUUUCAAUUGACUACACACGUCUCCCAACCCACAGUCCGCUCCAAUGUGACUGAUCCAGUGGAGUUCAAUGACACUGUCAGUUUGACCUGUACAGCCUAUGGCUCUGCCGUCUUCUACAGAUGGCUCAAUGGCAGCUCUGUGGUUAGUGACAGUGAGCGGAUUCGUCUGAGUGAUGACAAUAAAACACUGACCAUACCCAGGGUGUUGAGAUCUGAUGAUGGGACCCUGUAUUGCUAUGCGUUUAACGCUGCCAGCAACAGCACCAGCGAGCCGUUUCACCUCGUUGUGAACUAUGGACCGGAUGCCCCAGUUGUCAUUAUCAGCCCCCCAAACCAAGUAUAUUUUGUGGGAGUAGACCUCACUAUGUCCUGCUCUGCACAGUCCUAUCCACCUGCUAUCUACCAAUGGGCAUUUAAUGGAAUCUAUUUGAAGGAACUGGCCUCAGAGCUGUCAAUUACACAGCUUAGCCUGGACAAUGCUGGAAACUAUACCUGCAUGGCUUAUAACAAUAUAACCCGCAGAUACGCUGCGUUCACACAAGAGCUCUCUGUUGUGGCACCGAUAACUACAGUGGCUGUAUCUCCCAGCCGAGCACAGCCAAUAGAAAACAAGACAUUCAGUCUGAGCUGUGAAGUGUCUGGGACUGCUGACUCGUGGCGCUGGCUGAAAGACGAUCAGCCUCUUUCCACUAAUGAGAGGAUAACAUUGUCUGGAGAGAGCAGCACUGUCUCCUUCAACCCAGUCCUGCAGUCUGAUAACGGCACAUAUCAGUGUGUAGCUUCUGACCCUAUAAGUGGAAUGAUUAGUCCAGGAUACACACUGGUUGUCAAUAACCCUAAUGGUUCUGCUUCCUUGGCAUCUGGACAUGCAGUAGAGGUGGCGAUUGCUGUUCUGGUUCUUCUGCUUUGUGUUUCAGGGUAAAAUGCUGCAGAUUCAUGAAUCGCAAAAAAAAACACCCCUUCAGAGUACGACUGGAAGAGUAGCAUGUUUUAUUUACUGUGUAAUCAGGCUUGAUUGCUUGAGUAAUUGUUUACACACCCUCAUAAUUAUGGAGCUCUCCCCCCAACUUGAGCACAGAAGACUACGCCUGCACAGCUCAUAUAUAUAGCUAUAUUGUGAUGCAAUACCUCAGCCCUGUAACAUCUUAGCUGAUCCGAGCGAGUCUGGCUCUCUUGCACAGUGGUUAAGAUUUUGUCUGGCAGGCACAGUCCCUGUCUGGGGGUUGCCUUGUCCUCACAUUCCCUGCGUCCGCAUUAGGAAGACCGGCCCAACCAGAAUGCUUGGUUGCCUGUUGAGCUGUCACUACAAGGUCGCAGUGUGACACAACCUGAAACCAGUGUGGCACGCAAUGACAGACUAGGUCUCGUGUAGAGACGCUGGAGUUAGAAAUAUAUGACCAACACUUUCUGUAAUGACACAUAUUUUAUAUGUUAGAUUUUUUUCUUAAAUGAGCUGACUUUUAAACACAACCUAAAUAAGGGAGUUGACAAUGAAAACACAAUGGAAAAUACAUUUGCAAAUGCCUGCUGGCUUGAUUUCUUAAAGUUGUAACCUA